AUGGCGGGCCUCCAGCACAACAAGAUGUCCUUGGACCCGGCCAUUGUCAAGCUGGGUCACAUGAACACGAACCGUUACAAGUACUUCCGAUGGACGCCGCGGACAGUCAAGAUCUCCUUGAUGUACGUCAUGGUGGUGCCGAGUAUUUUGGGAUACUUUGCUUACACGACAGAUGGCAAGUGGGACUUCAGGGCAAAGCGCAAGGGCGACGACAUUCGGGAAUUCUAG